AUGGAGCAUUCUCAGGCUGGCGAGCCAAAAAUGCAUCCCUGUUUUACUCCUCCAAGCUCUACCGGACAACCCAGUCCUACUCGUCAGGAUGAGGACUCCAAGUCGUCCUGUCAACUCUGGCCCGAUGGCGUUCAGACACGUGGCCGGGUCACUGGCAGUGAACAUAACUCUUCUUGUCGCGACAGGCGACACUACUAUCGUCCUGAUCAUAUACCAAUGAGAUUCAGAGUGUCAUCCCAACACCUCAGAGGUCGCCGAUCAUCAUCACCAUCAUCUGACUCGGACGUCACAAAUAAUUCGUCAGAAGACGAACUUUUUGUUCUUCCAGACCUCCCCCCCUCGAAAAACUUGUCUUACUACGUGCAACGCGCAAAAAGACAGUUCAAACCUUAUGACACACACCGUGGCCAUGGGCCUAACGCAAUUGAGCUUCGGUUUCUUCACAAGUCUGUCGGAAAACACUCCGGCGAGACUGAUAUGACUGUGGCUGAUGUCCAGGCGGGUAAAGAACUGUUUGAGCGUGGCUUGCGAGGCAUGUCUGGCAAGGCCGUCGCUCAAGCCGUCGUUGCGAUGCAAGCUACCCGCGAGUCCAAGCGCUUACGUGUUCUGACGACGGCUUGGGAGAUUGAAUCAUCAGUUCAGCGCACAAAGCUUCUUGAAACGAUGCUGGAGCAGGAUGCUCUAGAAUAUGCUCGUAGCGAUGCAGAAGCUUCCUCUUUCAACAAGCUUUUGGUAGGGCGUACCUCGAAAGAACUCAAUAUCGAUAUAGACUUCAACAUCGGCGCAUAUGGCUGCGAUAUCACGUCUUUCGUUGUUUCCGAUGUACAGCUUGAUCACCUCGAGGGUUUUGCGCACAAAUUAGGUCUGCCUGACGAAGGUAAUGACGAUAGGAUGGAUUCGGAGGGAGGGUCCCCCGACUGCAAGUUCGAUGUCAAUAGCUGA